AUGGACAAGCAACUUGACGCAGUUUGUACAGUUAUACAUCCCGACGGUCUUGAGGUCGAAGUCUCGUCAGGCAGCAUGACACGCCUGGCGGGCGUAUCGAAAGCCUUGGCCGGCACGGAAGGCAUACACCUUGCAAUCGCGACCAUCCCACCGGCGUGUGCCUCCAGCCCGCAUUACCAUGUCAAUUGCGAGUCCGCAAUCUACGUUGUGAGCGGCAAAGGGCGCUUCCUCACGGGCAAGCGCCUCGAAAAGACGCUGAACAUAGCGCAGGGCGACUUCAUAUACGUUCCGCCUGACUCCGUGCAUCAGCCUGUCAACGAUAGCCUGUCGGAGCCGAUGGAACUCAUUGUCGCGCGCAACGCUCCCGUUGAGAUUGUUGUCGAAUUCGACCCUGCCACAGGCAAAGUCGUCGAGUAG